CAGAGAAAGUCUCCAGUGUGUCAGUAACUUCCAGCAGCACAGACUUGGUUGAGUUCAGUGGUUCUGUCUCUCUGUCCUGCUCUGCCUCUGGAUCCUCUCUCUCUUUCCUCUGGUUUAACGGCAGCUCUGAGGUUACAGCAAGUGACAGAGUUCAGCUCACUGAUGGAGGCUCCAGUCUGACUAUAAUCACUGUGACCCGCUCUGACCAGGGACCAUUCAGGUGUAGUGUGUCCAACCCUGUCAGUACUGGUACCAGUGAUCCAGUAAACCUCUCCAUCAGCUAUGGUCCAGAAAAUAUAAAUUUGAUCUUAUCUCCACCACAAGGAUACUUUGCUGUGGGGUCAGACAUCAGCCUCACCUGCUCAGUUGGAUCCAGACCUCCUGCCCAGUUUAACUGGUUUCUGAAUGGAAAUCAGCUGCCUGAUACUGGAUCAGAGCUCAGACUGAUGAAUGUUCAGAUGAGUCAGAGUGGAAACUACAGCUGUCAGGCCUUUAACCACAAAACUCUGAGAUCUCAAACAUCUCAGCCUUCAGCCAUCACUGUACUGGAGAAAAUAUCAGGUUCUUCUGUCAAACCAUCAACAAACCUGCCAGUUGAGGGAACCUCUGUCAGUUUAACCUGUGAGGCUUCUGGCUCAGUCUUUACAAGAAACUGGAUGAAGGAUGGCUCCGAACUGACCCCGACUGACAACAUGAUCCUUUCUGACAAUAACAGAGCGUUGACCUUUAACACUGUGAAUAGGAAAGACAGUGGAGAAUAUUUCUGUCAAAUCAGCAACCCCAUCAGCAGUGAUGGAGCUAAAUACAUAAUGAUUGUUAACUAUGGACCAGAAAAAGUUCAAAUAAAAGGUCCAAAUAAGAUAAAUAUCAAAGGCACCUUAAAACUGAUCUGCUCUGCUGAAUCCACACCAACUGCCAGAUUCACCUGGUUCUUUAAUGGGACAGAAUUAACAAGUACUUCAGCUGAGUACAUUAAAGAAGAGGUUGAACUUUCUGACAGUGGCAACUACACCUGUCAAGCAUGGAAUAAUAUAACUGAGAGAACAUCAUCAUCAGCUGUGCAUGGACUGACUGUAACAGAUCAACUAUCAGGAUGUGCUGCUGGUUGCAUCGCUGGGAUAGUAAUCGCAUGUUGUGUCCUCAUCGCUGCAGCUAUAGGUGGAGGGUACUACAUUUAUAAGAAAAAAUUCAACAAAAAUUCUCAGAAGCAAAACACAGAACAAGGAGAAAAUAUGUAUGUGAACAUGCGCAUGAGAAGAAAAUAAAAAAUAUAAACCGAGUGAUGACCUUCACUUUUCAAGGUGGCACAUUUUUAGAAGUCUUCACCUGCUGCAGGAGGAGUAACGUUAUAGUUUUUGUUCGCUUAAGAUCCUAUAAUUUUUAACAAAAUAUGUGAAGAUGUUUUACUUAAUAGCUUAUUACUCUGCAUCAAUAACUAUUAAUAUUUUCUCUGUAAUAAAUUUUCUAAUAUUCACAUUGCUAUUUUAUAUAAAUA